AUGGCGGCGGCGCCGGCGGCGGGUGGAAGCGGGGCGCUCGGGGAGGAGGAGGGGUCUGGCGGGGAGGCCGCGGCCCCACAGCCCCAGGGCCCGACAGGCGCACCCGGGGCUCGUCUCUCGAGACUGCCUUUGGCGCGAGUGAAAGCCUUAGUGAAGGCGGACCCCGACGUGACGCUAGCGGGACAGGAAGCCAUCUUCAUUCUGGCACGAGCCACGGAGCUGUUUGUGGAGACCAUCGCCAAAGACGCCUACUGCUGUGCUCAACAGGGAAAAAGGAAAACCCUCCAGAGGAGAGAUUUGGAUAACGCCAUAGAAGCUAUAGAUGAAUUUGCAUUUCUGGAAGGGAGCAACAUGAUGCCCUCAGUGAAGCCGAGAAGAUGCCAGCCAGCACCAUGUUCUUACAGAAUGAAGGCUGCUGUUACGAGAGCUCCCAGCUGAAAGAGGCUGAUCUGAGCAUGAUCAAGGAUGACUCCUGGAACCAAGACAAGGGCCCCACGCAAAUGGGUACCGGGUGGACUUCAUUUCAAGACCUUCAUAGUCUCCGGCACUGAUGAAGGGGCAGCACCGGAAGGCAUGCUUGAAGCCCAGGCGGAACCUGGAGAGAGAGCAGACACAGAGGCUGUUGAGCAACAGUGUAACAGAUAACCACCCUACUUCGCCUCCAGAGGACAGGAGAUGACUGGGGUAGUACCUGCAGCCAUCCCACUGCAGCGGCCAGCCUGGCCAGAUGAUCCUGACAUACGCAUGUGUUGUAUGAUCAAUGUCUGGAGAAGCCAAGGGAGGCCACCCCAAGGAGCAAAGGUGACUGGGAGUUCAGGAGGCAAGGACUGAGGGUGAGUGAGCAGGCUCCUUAGUGCAGGAGCUGAGGGAAAGGGAGGAAGAGGGAA